GAGCCUCUCGGUCCCAGACCCAACGUUGCCGUGCGGUUCUCGACAGCUUCCCGAUACCCUCAAAAGCCCCAGGCAGGAAUCCUGCAAUUAGCGCAUCUAACUCCUCCUUUACUGCAAGCUUCUCUCCCAUUGGUAAAAGGUCUUCCAGGCUCAUGUGGGGAUCCCACCCCUUUUGUGGGUUUUCAUUCUGAAGCUAUCCACAACUUUACACCUGAAUGAAUGCCAAGCCUUUCUGAAUAUAUAAAGGAAACCUUGAAGAGCAAUUUCAGAGUUACCGAGAACAAGCAGAAGAAAAACAUUUCAUCUGGCUCCGUCAGACAGAGACUGAACCAACCAUGCUUCUCCCCGCCAUUCACUUCUACGGCUUACUCCUAGCUUGCACCUUCACUAGAAGCUACUCGGCUUUCAAGAACGAUGCCACGGAGAUACUUUAUUCCCACGUCGUUAAACCUGCCCCCGCGAGCCCGAGCAGCAACAGCACGUUGAAUCAAGCCAGAAACGGAGGAAGGCACUACGCCGGCACGGGCUCCGACCGUCACAAUCGCGUUCAAGUUGGCUGCCGGGAACUGCGAUCCACCAAGUACAUUUCAGACGGCCAGUGCACCAGCAUCAACCCCCUGAAGGAGCUGGUGUGUGCUGGUGAAUGUCUCCCUUUGCCACUUCUGCCCAACUGGAUUGGAGGAGGUUAUGGAACCAAGUACUGGAGCAGACGAAGCUCGCAAGAGUGGAGAUGUGUCAAUGACAAAACUCGCACCCAGAGGAUCCAGCUGCAGUGCCAGGAUGGAAGUAUAAGAACCUACAAAAUAACUGUGGUCACAGCCUGCAAGUGCAAGCGAUACACCAGGCAGCACAAUGAAUCCAGCCACAACUUUGAGGGAACCUCUCAAGCAAAGCCUGUCCAGCAUCACAAAGAGAGAAAAAGAGCCAGUAAAUCCAGCAAACACAGUACAAGUUAGAAGUCAGAGGUCCUCUCCUCUCCUGCUCCUCCUGCCAAAACUGAACUCACCUGUAACCAUUUGCUUUACAGUUCUGACUGCUUAAAGACAAGUCUGCCAUUGCUUUGUUCUCAGAUGAUACUGCACGCUUAUUGUUUUGACCAAAAUCAAAAGGGGCAUUCUCAGCAUAAGGACCAUUUCGGGUGAUAUUCCAAAAGCUCCAGAUGGACAGUAACACAAGCCAUCCAAACCCUCACUUCAAAGCUUUACGUUCCCUCCAGCCAUGGAGGCAAAGAAAAGUUGCCAUGAAUAUUCACGGAAGUCUGUUUUGUAAAAUGAUGCUUUGUUGUAUGUCUUCACAACAACAGUUUAUUAUCCCGCCUACUGCCUUCUCUAUCAUGUUUUAGGAACUUCUGACAACAGCUUACAAAUGCUACACCAAGUAUCUGCUUUCAGAUUCAUUCUAAAAAAAAGAAUGCCUUGCAUGCUGAUCUUUCUCUUGUCUCAGUAUACCAAAAAUGAAAAUAUGCAUGGCAGCAAUCAAAAAGUAAAGCUGAACAAACUAUUUAUUUGUUGUUGUAAUUAUUUAAUGAGCUUUUGUAUGUGUUAUUUCCCUCCAAAAUGUUCUUGUGUUUAUAGCUUUUCUCAUGUAUCAAAGUAUUCUGCUAUGAUUUGUGGCUGGAUUAGAACAUACGUUUUGUAGAUAAUGUAAAAUAGAUGUUCUAGCAUUCUUGGUAUAUAUAUUUUCAUUUUGAACAUUGAUAGACUUAGGUGUUAUUUUGAACUACCAAUAUAAAAAUUUGUUUUUUCAUUCUCCACUUCGUAUUAUUUUUGUUUAAAAGUGUGCAAUCAAAAGACAGAUACGACUUCCUUUCAAAUUCAUUGGUUUCUUUUUUUUUUUUUGUACAAAAAAUAAACACUGCUAAGAAACUGUAUCGUCUGUUUCUGUGUACAAAAAUAUACACAUUUUAAUCAGUCACAAUGCCUUAAUCUUAAGAAGUGGGAGAACAAUCAUUAUUUGGUCCAAAUUAUCUACCCAUGAGAUUUAACAUAAAUAAUAUUUCUGCAGAUUCUUUUGAGAUGUAAAAAUCUUAUAUGACAGAUUAACAGAUGGUGCUCAUUAACAGUCCACGCCAUGUUCAUAUCAACCAAUUGUCAAGUUGUACAUUACAAGAGAAGUAUGUAUUUGGGAAGUUUUACAAGCUAGUAAAACAUCACUGUUUUUCUUAUAAUAAAGAUGAUGAUCAAUUCAAAAACAA